AUGGCCUUGCGACUUCACAACACCAGAAUACUCCAGGAUAACACUUGCUGUUUCAAUUUCAUCUUUGAAGACUUUUCCAAUAUCGGCGAAUGUGUGUAUUCAAAGCCGUUCGCUUUCGCUGGUUAUCGCUGGCGUUUUCAAGGCGGAAUAAAGGGAGGACAGUUUAAUGUUUUUUUGAGAUGGCUCGGUGGAGGGCAGUUCACCGAGAAACUUAAGUGCAAGAUACGAUUUUCCGUACAAAUUAUCAACAACAACGACCCUUCGAAGUCUAUAAGAGCUGGCAACAUGAACGAGGACGACGAAUUUCCCAAAGUUUUAUUUGGAACAGGAUGGGGCAAGCUAGCGCCAGUGGAUGUAAUUGAGAAGCCCAACUCGGGCUUUUUGGAUCAUAACAACUUGUUUGUGGAGAUGAAGUGUUCAAUGGUACAGACCGUAUUUGAGGAUAAGUUAGUCAUCAAUUUGUCAUCCCGCACAAGCCACGUCACCAGCUCAAAGUUUUCUCUCUUUGGCGAGGAAUGGUAUCUGGUACUUUACCCAAAAGGGGAACCGAAGAAAAAUUCUGGCCAACAUUCUGAACAUGCCGCGGCGUAUUUACACAGAGAAGAACCGUCGAUGUUAAGGUUUAAAGCUACGUAUUCAAUUUACAUCCGAGACGGGCGUGAGGUACAAGUAACCCAUAACUUCUCCGAUAGCAAUGCCAGUACAGCUUUUGGUAUUGAGAAGUUUAUGCGCUCCAAGGAUCUCAAGGCAAUCUCCAAGGGAGGAAUGGUCUCCAUUGGAGUAAAAAUCACCAGCAUUGAGCCUUACUAUUACCUUGGUUUUGACACAGCCAGGUGGAAUCCUCAAGAUCAUCAAGGGAUUGAGUGUGUAAUCGAGGGUGCAGACUUGGCAUUGAAAAUGAGGUCCCUGGAUCAGAAGACGCUGGAUUUUAGCCUGACGUUUGAUCCCGGACCAAAGUUUCUUCACUCGGAAUUGGACGAGAGUGCUUAUUACAUGAAGAUCCUUUGGAGCAUCCGAGUGAUCUGUCUCAAGGACGAUAAUAUAAGUGUGACCGUGAACUCGUGGGAUGUUGCUGGUAGAAGCGCAUUCUGUCAUAGUCAAGACGAAAUGAUCAUGAACACAACUCUGGAGUUAAAUGAGGUAUAUCACUAUCACUAUCAUCAUUAAUUGAUAUUAUUAUUAUUAUUAUUAUUAUUAUUAUUAUUAUUAUUAUUAUUAUUUCUAUUAUUAUUAUUUAAUGAAGGAAUCGGAAAUGGCCGAUCAAGGGCAAAAACAUUCACCUCCACUCAAAUUGACAAAACCCUACGAACGAAAACACUAGUCCACUACAGCUGGCAGCCGAUUAUGUUAUUACCCAGGCGCCACUGUUAACAAAAACCAACGUUAACUUCAUUUCGGCCGAGAUCGGUAAAGUGUCCCUGAUGAACAAUUUAUUCCGGCACAUUUUUCAAGUGAGCGCGGUGUUAACAAGUCGUCAAAAAUAACGCAUUUAAAAGGCUCCUAAGGAGGGGUCAGUGAAUUUAUGAGCUCAAUUCUCAAACAAUCUCUUCCGCAAGGUCUUGAUGUCUCCGUAUAAAAGGUAAUUUUACAGAAUUUUUUAAUCAUUUUGGUUAUUUUGUUGUAGGGUCUGCCGGAUUAUGCCGGCAUAAUUUUGAGCAUAAUACUAUAUCUGGAGCAUCAGGCAUAAUGCUGGCAUAAUACUAUUUUUUUGGAGCAUAACGCCUCUGUUUCUGAAAACUGUGAGAGGUGUAUGCAAAUUUUGCCAGCAACUCGCUCUUAGCGACACUCUAGAAUGUACAAAGUUGAUAAAAGUGGGAUUAUUUUAACUUGAUACGUUAGACUAGUACCCAGUGCAUUUUGCUAUAAUCCAAGUUCAUUGGAGAAAGACAUAUACUAAGCCUUUCAGUGGCUCACAAUUUCCGACCUUUCGCUUGCUCAUCAAAUGUUUAACUGAAUAAUUAUUGUCUCACAAUUCUUUCAAAAAUGAAAGACUAGGAAUGUUUAUUAACAGAUACAGGCCGAUGCGGGGGGGGGGGGGUUUGGGGUGGAAGUGUCAUUUUAGUCCGGCAUAAUUUGAGCAUAAUACCUCCAGUCGAGCAUAAUUUUGAGCAUAAUACCCUAGUUUCACGGGUGACGCCCGAAAGCAUAAUACUCUAUUUUUCGAGCAUAAUCCGGCAGACCCUAUUUUGUUGUUGGUUGGAAAUUUGAAAAUGCCUGUAGAGUGGUUGUCACGUUAAGUUUCGAAAAUAUUUUCAUGGUUGUCUUUGUUCUAGACCUGCGAUAGACAAACCAAUAUUGAUCAUUGUUGACACUGAAAAAUCAGUGCAAAAAUACAGCUACCGCUUCAAAUGCGGAUGUACCUCUCUUGUAUUUUUAGGUGUUGAAUCCUUACAGUCCUUACUUAGACGACGAGAAGCAUGUGUGUGUUCGGUUAGUCAUAAAAAAUAUCAAUGAAGUUUAUGAUCCUCUUCUGGUGAACUCCGACAAGCACAGCAUUGCGAAGCUGAGAGAAGUGAACGCAAUGAACAAAGCGACACUGGAACAUUUCUGGUAAGACUUACACUUGUAUCAGUACACUAAGUCAAACAGCAAUCAAUUGAGUGUAACAAGCAACUACCCUCCAGAAAUAAAAUGGAGACAAGGUAACACUAUCUGUUAUCCCGGAGAAACGGAUAGGCGACCGGGUAGGGCAAUGAUGUCAUUACGACAGGUGGACAAUCAUGGCUCAGUUUAAAAUUAAUGAACGCAACGGUGUAACUUAAGGUCCCUAAUGAUAACAAAUGACUGCUCGGCGCGAGAAAAUUCCCCACAGAAGAGUUCCUAAAGGUCUUGGAAUCAGGUCCACAAAAUGAAGGCUGCAUAACAAAGGGACAAAUAACAAAUCUGCUUUUUUAACGGAAAUUAGCCCGCAAUGCGUCCCCAUCUCCGUGCCCGCCUGCUCGCACUUUCUAGCUUUCCUUCUAUACCCCAUAAGAAAACCUGUAUGCAUGGUGAUAAAUUAUGAAAGAAGGUAAAUGUCGACGCUCGGUAAAUAAAUGAGAAAGAUGUUACAGUCGAAAGUUUUCUUGACAUUACUCCUGUAAGUCCCACGGGUGACCAAAAUUAAUUUUCUCUCACAAUAUCAACACAUAUUCAAGAGAAAAGGUUGUAAGAAUUGAUAAAAUGAUCCCCAAAGGAGAAAGCCAUUGAUCUUUAAUCGAAUUCUCUUAACUGAUUCUUUAAACCAAUGUAUGGAGAUCCGUUUGGAGAAUUUGUAUUUGGGUAUUGGGGAUAAAGCACAAAUGUUGCCGUAUGCCUUAUUUUACAGGAAAGAUCAACUAGAUGUUGUAGCUUCCGAGAAAGAUCGGUUAUUAGCUGACAAGGAGGAAGAGAUCGCAGCAAAACAGGGGGAGCUUGAAGAGAAAGAAGCUCUUAUUCAAGAACUAGAGAAGGAGAUUAGUGAGAGCAAAGAGUGCCUUGCAGAGAUCGAGAGUACUGUUGACGAGGUUACUUACAUAAUUUUCCAUAUUUCGCUAUUUAAUUCAGUUGUAUGAACUCAAGCCCUGUUACAAAUAUGAGUACAGUCGAACAACCAUGUGCGAUCUCCUCUCGUAGGCGACCACUUAUACAAAACACCAAAAUUUUUCCAGCCAAAGUCCUAUAAUCAGAAUCUAAUGAUUAUAGUCCCUCCCCCGUUGAGUCACUUGACGCAUGGUGCGAUCUCUUUGUUCGCUUUAUGUACUACGCCACUCACAGUAUACGAUAGCCUGCGAACAGCAGACGCAUUUCCGGUCGUCGCUUCUCUCCCUCCUCCUUUCGGAGGGAGAGAAGCGACGACCGGAAAUGCGUCUGCUGUUCGCAGGCUAAGUAUACGACGAACUUCAGACAACAUCUAACUACACAUCUCGUAACUUAGGAACUGUAUGCAGAAAAGUUUCUUCCAAAAAGUAUUCCUGUUUCUUCUGAACUCGAUCCUUUCACUUCAAACAACUUUGAGUCCUGUAAUCUGUAACUCGAUUAACCGAUGAUACGCAAAGAUAAAUACCCGUCCUCAGUCAAGCAUUCAUACUCAAGAUCACUCUCGUCAUAUACCAUAUGCAUAAUCACUCACGUAAUAGCCGCUCUCAAGGGUAAACCCCAUCCCCAACUUUCAACUUUCCCACCUACUACCUGAGUUGACGUCAUUGCAAUAAUAAACGUUUGUGCUUAUUUUUUUCCUCAAGAUUGAUGGAAAAAAAGUGAGCAGUAUAAAGGACCUCAUCGAAGAAGCUCAGCCGGACCAAGAGCAACUUGAGAAGCAACAGGAAGUUGCAGAAAAAUUAAGAUCCUUUUUGAUGGUGAGAGGGCAUUUUUAUUUUCAUAGAAAUUGGGCGACAAGCUACUAGAGAGACGAUUAAGUCCAACAAGCCUGGAAACGAACCACGUCCUCUGGGCUUUCCUGACUGAUUUUCAACAUAAUUUCACGUUUUUCCACUGACUUAACGACUACAACAACGCUUUAUUAGCAUAUUUCACGUCUAGAAUCAGUGAGAUGGAGUCUCUGGAAGGAAACCUUUUAUGCACCUAUUCAAAUGAAGCAUCUUUUACUUCUGCAACGUAUCAGUACUGUAUGGGGGAUUUCCAUAAUGACUUUUUUGUUUGUAGAACUACAUUAUUUUCGCACUGUUAGGACUGAUAGUACAGUAUACCUUUUUUCCCAAACCUCAGGAGCAGCUUCCAUUUACUGUCAGUCGUAUUUCUGUGGUUGGUGCCGCUGGUCAGGGGACAACCAUCGGUGGAUACCGUGAACUAGACUUGGCAGUAUUUGUUAAAGGUAGGAUGUUUGGCACUAACUGUAACCCUUAAAACCGCUCGUGUACCAACUGGAACUUAUUCAGGGGGAACUCAAGAUGAGUAGCACCAAAACAUGUGUGGUGACCCAUAUCUUUACUAUUAUCAAAAAGAUUCGGUUCUAUAAGAUGAGUUGACGACGACAUCUUAACACCGUAAAAAGAUUCCUCAAAAGCCAACGUUUCGAUUGCUAGCCCUUCGUCAUAGUUAAUCAUGGUGUGCUAAUGUUAAUUAACAUGGACAACAAGAAUAAAAGAUUUGUGUUUCACUCCCCACCGACAGAGUAUAACACUAACAGACUAACCACAUCUUACUCGACCACACCAAUGAGAUUUGCGCUUUUAUCGACCUUCAAGACCAAUGUUAUUCUUGCCUAGAACAUCAAGCAACUCAGUGGAGCCAAGCAAGCGCACUUUCCUUCUUUGCGAUUUAUGUUAGUCUCAUUAUCACACUCUGUAAUUUACGACGGAAUAAACUAUUGUUGUAAUCAUCCCUUCAAUAGCGUUGUACAUAAGUUGGAUUGAUUUAAAGUAAUAGCAGCACACUCACAGCUGGUUCCAGGGUCAGCCGUGUCAUUGGAGUGACCUGCUUUUUCUUUUUCUCAAAAAAAAAAGCAAUUUUUAUUGUUUCUAAAAGGAAGUAUCCCUGUCCGUGGUGUUCAAAAGCCGAGCUUCCGCGCGCACAAGGCAUUUGCCAAAUCUAGCUUGAAAACAUUAGCCUGUGUGUGCGCCCGUCCGUACUUAUGGAAACUGUAAUUAGCCUUAAAAAACAGUACGGUGUUAAUUGAAAUACUUAGAGUCUUCCUCAGAGGUAGGACCUUAAGAACGUGUUGUAUUUGUAAGGCGGAGGCUCUCUGAACUAAUACUUAGCAGGAUGAAAGUCCUGUCUGACUGAUCCAAGGGACGGUUGGACUUGAAGUCUCCACAGCUGUCUUAAAUAUGGCUCCAUGUUGUUUCUCUUCACCACGACCCCACUAUUAUCCGGUACAGUAGUUCAAUUACUAUCCAUUGCUGGGAUAAUGCAACUAACCACUCACAAUUAACUCUUACAUUCAGCGUACAACGCUAUCAUUACCCAACUUUUGAACAACUGAGCCCAGGUGUAAAAAUGGGUUACCAGCAGUUUAUUAAAGCAGUGUCAUUAAACCAAAACCAAAGCAGUGACUUAAGACCAAUCACAACAGAUGCAGACAAUUCAAAAGGGAACCAAUAACAAUUUCACCCACAUGAAUGUACCGCAGCUAAGUGCGAGAAAACGUCUCAAAUCAAGAAACAAUUGAUUUAGGUUUUUAAUUCCGAUUGGUCAGGAAAGGAUCAAGCUACCCUGCGAGCAGAGCUUGACUACGCGACAGACAAGUUACGCGAAUGACUUCGUAGACGCUAAAAGUCAUGCUUGCAAGAGAGAAACCUCUGCUCGCAGUGCAGGAUUAAGCACGAGAUUUUACAGCCAAUCACAACAGAUGCAGACAACACAAUAGGGAACCAAUCAAAACCGGCGCUAAACGCGGGAAAACGCAUGUAAUCAAAACACGAUUGAAUUCCGAUAGGUCAAGAAAAGAUGGAGUCCCGGCCCUCCGCGAUAACACGUGCGUGCAUUUGGAAUGACCUUGUAGUAAGAAGAAAAGCCAUUGACAAGCGAAGGAUCCUUAAUUCCUUAUUGCUUUACUUUCAAGUCACAUACCAACUGUGUAGGUCGCUUACACCAGAAUAUUGUACAGUAACUUGACCCCAAUUGACCUUUUUGCGUGAAAAGUUUUUUUUUAAAAUUUUCCAGACCUUCCCAGAACCGAACACAAGAGCUGGCUACCUGCUAUAGUAUUUACUAUCAAGACCUUGCUAAAGCAAGAAGGCAGCAAAACAGCAGACCAGACAGAUGAGGAGCAGUCUGCCACGAGUAAACUUCCUCCAUGUUCAGACUUCAUGACAACCCAAACAGCAGUGCUGUUCAAAUGUGACAGUGUUAAUGUAGUGGUCAUACCACUUAACGACUGGGAACCAAUGGGAAGUUUUACAGCUUUGUACAAACAGAGCCUGAGUCAGCCGGCAGAUGCACAGUUGUUGUAAGUUCAUUUAGAUGAAGGUUCUUUCAUGACCAUUUCUCACUCCAUCUACCAUUUCAAGCCACGAUAAAACAAUAUCAUAAUCAUGAUAGCAUGUUUCAUCUAAACUACACCUUGCGGACAUAUGUCCACAUAUGUCAGACACCUCUUUACCACAGAAGGAUCCCUGGGUCUCAAAGAUACGAAAGUUCAUACAAUUCUUUACUUUGUAAUAGACACCUCUAUACUGCAGUCGCUUAGCCCUCACCCUCUUGUGCCCUUAGUUGGACUGUUUAAAUUCCUCAGUGUAAAGCAGAGGACACCUUUCCCUCACGAAUGAAAUCCCCGCCACACGGACUAAAUGUUUUAAGGCUAAACCUCUUUACUAAGAACAUUACGGCACUAACAGUCCACAAACGAUUUAACCACAAAUUCAAGUUUUAUACUGGACUGAACUAAUUCUUUCUUGCUAAAAGACACAAAAUCAAAGAGACGUGACUUCUUAUUUCUUACCUUAACUGAUAAGCUCACACUAACUAUAUCAGUUAUCUACACAGAUUGCGAUAUAUUUCACUAACUUUGAAUACUUUUCUUGAAUAAAAGAAAAUCGCCCUUUCAAAUCAAUGCUGCCAUGAAUCAGACCAGAAAGUGUUCUUUCCUUUCAGCUACAAUAUUUCAGUUUGUGAGAGGCAGACAGAGUUUAUUUGCACGCAGGAUUCCAAGGUAGUUUAUAGCGUCUACUUAUUUGACCUUUCUAUGCACAAAGUUUGAAUUGAUGCCUUUCCUUUUUUAAGUACCAAAAAAACUAAACAUUCACUUUGAUAGCUUGCAAUAUAUUCUUAAGAUCCAAAUAUGUUAAAUGACGUGCGUUUAUCAACAAUGACAGGUUUGGAAUGUAAUGCAGUUCUAAUGAAUGUAUUUUGGCAAUACUCACUUUACAACUCAUAAAAAUAUCACGUAUAAGGAUGACAUUGGAUUUUACAUUAAUUUGUUCUAGGCUCUAAAAAAAUUGAAAUACUCGCUGUUCAUUGUGUUGUAAAUUGUUAAUCUGGAUUACAAGUUAAUUUAACAAAGUGCCCUUAUGUCCACAAUUUCCUCCUUACAGUUAUUCAUUUCAUUCAUUUUACAAUAGUCCUUAUCCUGAGAACAAGGUUAAAACUUAAAACUUGACGUUGAUGUGUAUAAUUUUCUUCAGUGCAAGGAUCUAAUCCGUAUUGUUAAGGUGUGGAGUAACACUGUUGCCUGGCGGAAUUCAUCAUCCAAACCCAGUCAGUACCUACUGUCUCUGCUGGUCACUGCUGCUUAUCAAGUGGUUAACGAGUAAGUAGGCUAUUUUAGCAUGGGAUGGAGGUGGAUUAAACAGAGGGGUUUUGUCUGAUAACUUAGUGUAACAGCAAAGGGAAGGAGCAGCAAGUCAUGGAGAUGAAGCCAAGUUGAUUAAGACAAUUGGCAAAGUCAAAUCACAGCCAUUUUUACCAGAAAACUCCUUAGAAGGUCAGCACAUAUUGCCAGGAAGUUUUCAAUCUGCCCUUUUGGAAUGUUCUGGGUUAACUUACUUGUCAUUCAAAGGAAAAGGAGGCAAGGCUAACCACUUGACUUCACUGAUAAUGACACAAACAUCUGACCUGAGACAAGGUCCUCUCAGAGUCUGUAUGAUGGGUCAUUUAAACACUCUGCUAAGUUGUCUAACACACAUUCGAACUUUCCACAUCCUACCAAAAAUUAUUCUAAUUUAUUGUGAUUUGUAACUUGCACUCUUGCAGGGGAAGUGAAUCUCAGGCAGUAAGGGCAGACAAAGAUGUGUUUUUAGAACUUGCAGACAUGGUUGGUGAUGACUCACUGGAGUAAGUAAACAACUCAUACUAAAUUCCUACUGUCCUAAGCAAUCAAUUUAUCCCUUCUAAACACGUUUCCAACAAAGACAAUGCAUAACUGUAGAAUGGCCUUCAAGUAAACCCCCGCCCCUGCCCCAAGCUACUAUGUAUAAAUUAAUGACUAAUAAAUCCUGCUGUUUAACUGACAAAAUUAGGGGGGAACCGGAGGGGUGCAAACCUCCCACCUCCUGUACCUUGCAUUCCCAGCUCCUCCCUCUUUUUUCUUGGCUUCCUUUGUUUUAUAGCCUUUUUAAAGGUGAAACAUUUUAAGCAGUGUUGCUUAUUUCCACUAUUUCUCUCACUCCACUCUUUUAGAACUCCCACCUCCCACCCUUUCCCAUACUCGCCCAUACUCCCCCCAUCCUCUAUUCUCUUGAGCUCCCAUCCCCUGUCCUCCCCAGCAAAUAGACCAUAAGAGAAAUGUGAAAUUAUGAUCACGAAUUAGGGCAAAGUGGUGAGACCACUCUGCACUUUAUCUUCUCCACCUCCCCAAAACAUAAUCCAAAUGUAAUACCGCGGCAAAUUUCAUAUUGAUUUUCCCUGAUAACAGAGUCCUACUUACUGCUAUAGCUUUAGCUAUUGAUGUCCUUAAUGUUGAAAACACUUAGGCCACUAGAGUGCUGAGCACUCCUUUCCUAGGGCUUAAUUCUGUAGCACACAGAAUACACUUCUUGUUUCUACUCACAAAUAUUCAUAUAAUUUUACUAACCAGUACUUGAAUAAUAUCAGCAAUAAUAUUACUAUUAUAUUACUGAGCAGUUUUCUCUCUCAUCUAGAGUAUUCUGGAAUGAAUAUUACUUGGCAGAUGAUUAUCCACGUGAGAAUUUUCCUGUUUCAUUUGAGCUGCCAAUCGUUCAAGAUCCUGCUAUUCCAACUCACAAUGUGGCAUCUGCUGGACUGGAGGACUGGGCUCAAUUUAGGCGGGAGCUGUCGAAAUGGGUUGCAAAAUUGACUCUUUGAUGGCAUCUUUCUUAACCUUGCUUUAUGUUAUUUUUCCAAUCCAAUACUCUCACAACAUGACCCUGUCAGACCUUGCUGUAAGAAUCCACAUGUGCUGCAAAAAUAUCCCAAGACAUAAACAAUGAAUCAAAAUUAAAAAUAUAACUGAGAAUAAAACAAUUUAUUAGAACACAUUAGCAAAGUCUAGAGUAUGCUAGUCUAUGUUUAAGUACAAUAAUAAAACAUUAUAGUAAUAAUAAACUGGCAAAAACUACUUCAAAACCUUGUCUUUCAGAAUAUAAAAUUGUGAUGCAUUCCUACAUUUAAGUGAGCUUGAGAUUGCAAAAACCCCUUUUUGAUAGGAACAAUGCAAGCAGGCAUAUUAUUAUACUGUCAUUUAUUUAUGUCAGUUUAUUUUCUGGAAGUAUUUUGAAAAUAACCCCCACAUUUCACUGACUUGUAAAAAGUAUCCAAUAAUAAGUUUUAAGCAUGUUAAUUAACAGCUCAAGGUCUUUCCUUUUGGGAAAAAAUAUAAUAUUUUAGUCAGCUAAUUAUAUUCCAUAUGGCUUUGAAGCAUUUAUACUAUACAAAUUAUAAAAGUGAAGAUAGCCAGCAAGUGAAUAAACAAUCCAUGAUGUAAUGUAUGAAUGCGGGCCAGGUUCCAGCAAAACUGCAUCACCAGAGUUGUUAUGUCCCCUACACUUUUACAGGGGCAAUCAAUGGCUGAAAAUUUCCAAAUUUAUCUGAAGUUUAUAUAAUGGCUUUCUCUAAGCUUAGGAAGCCUGUUUGGUUAAUUGAGAGCUGUCCUAACAACUAUUUAUCUGUUUGGAUGUCCUAGGGAACUUUGGUCAUCUAAAAAGUUUUAAUUGGCAUUUAAUUUCGUCUAAUCCAAAACUGCAGCUACUCUGAUGGGUCCAGUUGAAAAUCUGAGGACAUGUAGUAGCCACCCUUACUUUUUAAAAUUCUACGAGAAAUGAAGCCUACCAAGUGCCCAGCAACAGAUAAAAAAAUGAGGCAAGAAAAGCGCAAAAAGAGGAGAGGAGAGAAAGCGAAAAGUAAAAGUGAAGACUACUGUGUGACUUUUUUAGUUUUAAACCCCAAAACUAUCUCGAAACUUUGCUUUCUGUGCAUGCCCAAACUUAGCAGGCUAAUAUUUUGCAUCUGGAUCAGAAGGCCGCGAAGUGUAUGACCUGUAAACGGCCUUCUGGUAAGUUUUAGCUCUUAACAGUGACCGGAAAACCACUCGACUAGUUUCAAAAUGCAUUCUUUGGCAAAAUUUCCAGGGGGGAAUGGGUUAAGAGGGAAGCAUUAUAAACAUUCUGUAAGACAGAUCAGCAAGUGUGGUGUGAUUUUGGUCUUGAAAUCUGGUUGUUAUAAUGGUGUUCUUGCUAGAUCUAAGCAGGGAGGAACAGGCAGGGUGUGAGACAAGCAAGAGGAGAGAGGGAGAAGGGAAAAAACAUUGACACCGAGAUAAUUCUAGUGCUUGAAGUCAGCUCACAUAAGCUGCCUAGAGAGGGGCCCAAGUAAAUCAUUUUUUUAGAAUCUUAUUUCAAAGAAUCUAACAGUCAGGAGUCAAUAGACCUAUUCGGCUAACUCAAAGUUGUAACCAAUUCAAACCCUUUGGGAAUAAAAUGUUUUGUUUCAAGAAUUUCCAUAUCAUUUAAAUGUGAAUGCCACAUUAUAAUGCAAAUACAAUACACAAAGAAUUUUAACCCUGCUAGAUUCGAAUAUAUGUAUAGGUAAUAGCAUAAUUUGUAGUGAUAUUUGGCAUAAAUACCACGAGUGAUAUUUCCAAAUUGUUAUACGUAAUUUCACAUGCCAUUUGAGACAAUUUUGAAAUAUCACGAGUGGUAUUUAUGUUGAAUACCACGUACAAAUUAUGCUAUUAUUGGUUUAUACCACUACCUGCAAAAGGUUUGUAAUUUUCACAUGUAGGUAUUUCAAAUUAAGCUGAAAUACCACUGCUCUAAGCCAAUCAAAUUGCAGAAAUUAUAAUGUGCAACAUUGAGUUAGCCGAAUAGGUCUAUUAUCCCUGUUUAGCAUUUAAAACUAAGAAGUGUUUCAUGAUAAUCUCUUAGAAAGUUAUUAUUGUAUGAUUAUAAUGAAUUUAAUUGUUGUAAAUGCACUUCAUAAUUUUAUUAAGAAUACAGUCACAUCAAACUUUGACUUUGUAAGCUUAAAUUUUUUGCAUGCUUUUUUUCAGUCUCUUGUAUUGGUGUUUUAAUCUGCAACUGUUAUUCACGAAAUAAACUUCCCGUUAAACUCUCGUAGUAACCCCAGUUAUGGCUCUGAUCUUAAAUUGCAAUAUUAAUUACAGUUUACAUUUAAAAAAACCCACCUUCUCAAACUGUACCAGCCUAAGAUUCCUGUCAAUUUCAACACAAUCAGGGUCUUUACGUACAUCUUAUAUGAAGUAAUUCAAGAACCGCUGACAUUGUUUUUGGCAGAAAAUCUUUUCCACCAAUCAGAUGUUCUGUUAGUAGACGCGUGCCUUUUCAAACUUUUCCGUCGAUCGAUUUGACAACAAAUGGUUGAUCUUUUUAUUCCUACACAACUGAUCUCGUAAACAAUGCUGAGGAGUGUGAAUGAAGACCAGGAAAAUCUGCCUGUUGAGGUAAAAUCUUGUUUUAUGAUGUUUGCAAAUGACAGUCAUCGUUCACUUUGCAAUCAAAGAUUGUUUUUCUGAUUGACGUUGAUUCGCGCUCGAACCGAUUGCACAGUGAGAUAAUUUUUGUCCCCAGUUAAUUUUAAUGUUCUUGUUGACAUUAAUUUCUUGAUAACUUAAUAAUAUAAUACAAUCGAGCGCUGUAAUAGAUAAACCAUUCUGACAUCUUGGAGACAGUUUAAGCGAAAGGUUGCGUUCCUUUGAGGUCCUUUGGGAUGAUCGAACUGGAUCCGGUUCUGUGAUUGGUUGGUUUCUUUGAUUUGCUAUGAUCUGAGGGUGCGUUCCUUUGGGAUGCUCUGGAUCAGGAUCAGCAACCCGAGAUCACUCGGAUCAUGUUGCAGGAAAUGAACCGAUGAAUCCACUCUGGACAAGUAUUCAUCUGACGGGGUUAUUUGGUGCAGCAUGAUCCUAGUGAUCUCAGAUCACUGAUCCUGAUCCAGAUAAUCCCAAAGGAAUGCACCCCGAGUGUCUUGGAUCUUGGAUCACUGAUCCCCAUCUGGAUCAUUCCAAUGGAACACACCCUAAUAUUUCCAUCCAAACUUGAGUAUUGGUUUAAAAUACUCAAUUAUACUCAAUCCAUUGGAUCAACAUUUUCAAUUUGACUGAAAUAAAUGAUUCACAGGUGCUAGCUUUGGUCACUCCAUCAAGACACCCAUUCAAGAAUGUCUUGGACAGUCGUGCAAACAAUGGUACUCCAAAAAGAUCACGAUAUUCAGACCUUUCGACAAGAAGACAGUUUAAACGGAAACAGAGAUCAAAGAGUCUCAGUACUUCUUUGAAUAGCUUGCAUCAGCUUUCCAGUGCCAUCAAGUCACUGCAGGUCCCCUCGCCAGUCCAUGAAGAAAUAAAAUGUUCUAAGAAGGAUGUUUUGUCUCCUACAAAGCUCAACCAAGUGUCUGUGGAGGAUUUUGUCGAAAAAGUUGUGGGAAGAAUUUUGAAAGAAGUAGAAAAGGUUUGAAAUCAACUUCAAUACUUAGAAAAUACAGCAGAAGUCAGUUUAAAAACGAGGUAUAAUGAUGUGAUUUUUGUAAAAGAAAAUAACUGAGUAUUUAUAGCGAUACUCACUCUGAUGUCAUCUAUUGAUAAAAAUGUGCCAACCAGAAGGGCAUUUGUUCUUGAAACAAAAGAUUCCUUUGUUUGACUCGUUACAAAUUUGAAUAACAAAAACAGUGUUGUCUCCUGUACAUGUAAGUUUCAUCCAAAAUAACGUGGUCUCAUAAAAACAAGUUGCUCAUAGGAAAGUAGGGGUCAUAAGACAAGGAUCCACUGUAUUCAUUAAUAAUUGAUAAAAGAAUAAGAAUAUUAUAAUUGUUGCUGUUAUUAUUAUUAUUAUUAUUAUUAUUAUUAUUAUUAUUAUUAUUAUUAUUAUUAUUAUUAUAAGGUAAUGUUAUUAUUAUUGUUAUCUAUGGCUAUUUUAAACCUGAUGAUUUUUUAUUUCAUUGAGAAUUUAAUUUUUACAUAAAAGCAUUCACCCCAAACACAUUUAAAUGCUUUCAAUGAACCCCAACUAAAAUAGAUUUCACUGAAUGUAUGUUCUUACAUAGUUCAAUUCUUGGCUGAAAUGAAAAGUUUAAAAAUCUGAAAGUGCUAACAUUCAAUUGAUACUUCCUAUGAUGGCCAGUUUAUUAUGCUGUACAUGUACAUUAUGCUUCUCUAACUUUUGUCAUGAUCUGUAUCUGUCCUAUGGUGAUGUUUUUGAAAAUUAUUUCAUUUUGGCUUCUCAUUAAAUAUUAACGGGCAUAAAAGAUUUAGUUUUAAAAUGACAGCUGCCUUGCAGCCACCAUUUAAAAAUUCAAAACCAUAUUUUUAAGAAAUUAGCAUAAAGGCAUUUUAAUAUAAUUAUUGGAUAUAUAAGUGAUCAUUAGCAUUUUGUCUCCAAAACAUUAUUUUUUAACAGAUUUUUCAUUUUCUCUCACUAUCAGAGUGACUCAAGAGUCAAAAAAGAGGAUUCCUUGCCAAAGAUGGAAAGUCAUGAGUCAAUUAUUCUGCAGAUGAAUAAAGAAAGACUGAGACUUGAAAGGCAGUUGUCUUUGUUAAUGAAGGCAAGUUUCUUGCAAAUGGUUUACUGUCAUUCUGAUUUUUGUAAACCUUGGUUUACUAGAUUAUCAAGCAAACUUUCAUAUGUUAACUUUCAGCCAGAUUUUUUGUAAAUAAAAUAAAAUAAAUUUUUUUUGAGCUUUUUAUUAUGCAUACUUAUUUUAUAAUAUUGUUAUUUUUCAUUGUAGCUACAGUCAUGUUGAAUAACUUGUGUCAAAGUUCAAAGACACCAGCUUGAUGAAUAUUCAUAAGUCAGAGUCAAUCCAACCAAAAUAUUUUGCCUUACUCUUCAAAGCUUUUGUACAAUACAUACAUGUUGUGUGCAAGAUGCCUUUAAAUCAUUACAGUAUUAAUUUUAAGGUAAUAGCAAGAUAUUAACUUGUUAAUGCUUAUAGUUUUUUAUCAAGAUUGUUAUUAUGAGGACAACCAGGAACUAGAAUUUGUAUCAUAUUUUUCCCUCCUUCAUCUCUAAGUUACAUGUAGUUUGUGAUAUUGCAUCUUUCAGGAGCAAGCAAGGUAUAACAAGCCAUUGAACAGUACUACUAUAGUAACUGCAGCUACAGUCCUUGAAAAGGAAUUAGAAUCAAAGCAAAAGGAGCUCUGUGACCUUCAAAAGCAGUGCAAACAGUUACAAGAACUCUUACUGGAACUUCCUGUAGUUAAGGAAGAACUAUACAAGAGCAAAAAAGACACAAAGGCUAUUAGUGAGGUUCUUUUCCAGAGCCGUAAAAAGAAUGCUGAGCUCAAAGAUCAAGUUGGCAAACUAAAUAAACAAAUAGAAGACUUUGAAACUAUUACUGAGCAGUACAGAGAUCUCCAGAACAGAUUAAAGGGUGUAACCAAUGAAAGAGAUAAAAACGCUUGUGAAAUUCAGAGACUGUGUAGCAUUGUUGAGGACAAGGAUGAGGAAGUUCAAAGAAACAGAGCUCAUUGCACAACACUGAAAGGAUUGGUAGAUAGAUUAGAGGUGAGAUGAAUGACUGAGCACUUGGUCCACAGCUCGGAUCAGAAAUUUGAUGAAGUAAUAUAGCUAAAAUUUGCCCAUGGGUGCACAUGUAUAAACACUGGUGGAAAAUAUCCUUGGUACACUGUAGAAUGUAUGACAAUUUUUAACAGGAUCUUGGUGUUGUAAGGUACUUCUUAAACUUGUACUAAUGUCAUUCAAGUACACUUACAUCAUGCAUUAUCGUAUUUAUAUCAGUCUAUUAAAGACUUCACUCCCAUUCCGUGAAUUCCAUGCCGCCUACAAGCCGUGCAUGAUAAUGCUGAUGGCUUAGUAAUGUUUUUAUAGAUGUAAUAGAAUUGGCUUGCUGAAAUUUCAUUUUUUCUUGAAAAAGUAACAUGAAUUUAAAAAUUGGAUCACAAACUACCUCUGGUCUAGAAGCCCGGGACUUCACUGUGCCACUCUUCACUUGGGAAUGCAAUAUUGACUUUCUUUUGUCUUAUUCCAUGUUUUUCUUUUGAACAGAAUGCAGCCCUAGAAGCAGAGAAUUACUUGGCUAUCAGCAGAGAAAAUGAAGCAGGACUCCAGUAUCAGGUCACUUGCUCUCUUGAAUUAAAUGAGUAUUACCGUAUUUCCUCGAAUAAUAGCCGGGGGCAAUUAUUUCAAAUAUUGCUCACUAGAAGUUGCGCUUUAAAUAUUUUGGUCUAUUUUCCCAUUAAAUCAAAAAAAUAAUCACAUCAAAUCAAAUAAAAUGAACAUUGACAUUUUAGGUGUUCCAAAUUUGGUUCCUUGAUCACUUUUUAAUGUCAAUGUCUUCACCAUCAGAGCUUGGAUCGUCACUGAUCAGUUUUGCUGGAUCAGACUCCACUUUAGCUUUAACCCUGCAAUUAACAGGUGUACCACAUUGGGUAUCCCUAGCAGGUAACCUAAAAAAAAUAGGGGUGAGGGGAGGGGGGCGCAAUUAUUCGAGUGAGGCGAUUAUUUUAAACAUUUCUGUAGAGGGGGGUGAUUAUUCGAGGGAGUUGAUUAAUUGAGGGAUGACUAUUAUUCAAGGAAAUACGGUAUAUACUCACUCCUCAUAUACUCACUGAGUGGUUUAAUGGUAUAAAGUUGAUUCUCUCUCUUAAAGGACACUUAGCCUGGAGAGAGUUGACUUAAAUCUAUUCAGUGCGCUGUACUUAUCAUACUAACUAUGAAACAACACAGCUUUGAACUGUUUGAAUUUAUAUGAUAAGGAUUAUGCAAUGUAUCUUGCUUGUCUCUCGCAGGGCUGUCAUUAAGAGCCAGGGGCCGGGGAUUUCCCCCGGCUACCAUGAGUGUGGCCCCGGGCUACUUUUAAUGGAAAAUAAAAGAAAAUUCAAGGCUGUGCUCUAAGAAAAAUUGAAGAGAGCCCAGAGCUCUGAACCUGUAACAUCUAGGGUGCCCAGCAUAUGAUUUGUAAGAUUUUCUAGUCGCCCAAGAGCAGAAGUUGGGUGCCAUGGGCCAUCGGGCUCUGCUAGAGUACAGCCCUGAAAUUAGAACCAAAAGAAAUCCCUAGGUGUUUGAUUCCCCACCUACUUGUUGUAUUUACCCCGCAACUCGAAAUCUUAAUGACAACCCUGCUCUUGUGUUUUGGAUGCCUCGUCUAGAGAGAUCCAUGCAGAAGAGAUCUUGCAUUAUUAUAUAACAGUUAGUAUUUUGCAUCAUCAGAUCGAUGAGCUACGCUUGUGUUUAGAGUCGAACUCCCAGCAUCUGGAAGACAGCAGAAAACGUGUCGUGGAUUUGGAAAGUCAAUUAAAAACGUCAAGGUCAGCAAUAUAUAUUACAAAGAGUGGAAGCUCUCGUGAGCAGACACCCUCGGCACGCAAAAAUGGCUGUGUCCAUAACUGGUGCUUGUCGCUUACCUUACGGGAAUGUAAAAAUACUGAGUUUGUACUAAUUGGUGUUGAGAAAACCGAGGUUUUGUGAAGGUGGCAGUAAGUAGAGCUGUCCGCUUACGGGAGUGUCCCAUGUGAUGGUUAGGAGAGCUUCUACUGUAUAUUUGUUUUCGGCUUUAAAAAAUUUACAAAAAAUAUAACUUCAUGGUAAUUUUCUUUUAAUAGUCAAAAUUCCUUUUAACCAGUGGAUGUCUUUAACGUUGAAAAAGUUCUGUACAUACCUUACUAAUACCUUGCUCACUUAAUUAUAAAUUUGUUCUGCGUAAAGAGUGGUCCAAAAGUUCUCCAAAACACCUGCAAGUUCUGUUAUUUUUAGUAGCACCAUGCACUUUUACCAAAUACAAAAGUUCGUUAGCCCUGCUGUUUGACCAUAAAGGAUCUUUGAGUGAAGUAUGAAGGGCGCGGCAAUGUGUCCUUCCAUGUAAAACUCAGCAACGUCCACAACGUAAAAUGUCAUACUUGUUUCUCUUAAGGACUGGUGACGGAAAAGAAAAAAAUCUAUAGGGCAAGAAAGAGAAUUUUGAAAAUUAACGUGGCUAUUUAUCCCUCCCCCCUAACUAAGAGGCCCUUUCUUUAGUUUUGUGGUGUAUUUUAUCCCCUUCCCUUUGACUGCGAACUGAGUAAAGAAGUAAACGAUUUUUUUGUCCAAUUUCUAGAGAGAUCGAAGUGGCAACGACAGAGCAGCGUGAGAGGUUGGUCGAACAAAAUGACUUUUUAGCAUCGGAACUUGACAUUCAUAAGAUGGAAAUCUCAAGGCAGGAUAACUUAAUCGACGGACAACAACGUGAAAUACAUGACUUGAAGGUGAAGCUCUCGAACGCUCUAGAACAAAUGGAGGUAUGUAACAUAGCCCCGCCUGUUAACCAGCCCCCGGGGGAGAGAGGCGUCCUAUACCCCACAAGAAAGCCUGAUCAUGGGCUAUAUAGAUCGCUUUAAAAAGCGUAGUCUGAGUAUCAGGCCUUCGUUAGGGAUUAGGAGAGAGAGGAGAUUUUAGAGCGGGAAGGGGAAAGUGUUUUUCUCCUUUGAAAACAAAGCAUACAUUGUCUGUUGUCAAACUAGGUCAUGUUUUUUGUGACAUAGCUAGCCUGCGUGGCAGUUGUUAAUAGAGAAAGGGGAAGGGGGAAUUCGGGCACGCGCGGAGGGGAAAAAUAGACGACAGCAAUGGGAUACCGAAGGCACUGUUUCAAGAUUAACCACCUGCUCUCUUGGUUACUAAACUAUACCUCACAGAUUUGCACACCAAAGGGAUACUCUAUCGUAUUUGUUUGGUAAAGAACAACUUUUCAUAGCCCGCAUUUCUUAAAAAUUCCGUUGUAUCCAUAGUAGCCUGUGCAACAUGCGCUUAAAAGUAAUAUGCUUUUCUCGCUCCCUUAUUACUUUCAAGCGCUUGCUAGGCAGGCUAUAUCCACAGAAAUUCCCUUGAGUACCUAUUCUCAAAUUGAAAAUAGUGUUUAUGGUAAAUGCACUUAAAUUAAAACUAGUAUCCCCAAAUAAUGCAGCACGUUAAGCAUUCUUUUUUCUUGAUGAAGUCUGAUCAAAUAGGCAUUCGUUCUGUUGUCUUUAGUACAUACAAUCUCAGCAACGAGAAGUGGAUGAAUUUACUGAAGAGGAAAGAAGGAACCUUGAGAAAACACUUUGUGAAAUGGAAGACCAGGUAACCUAAGCCGCUCUAGCAUGCGAAACCAGCCGUCUCUCUUUCAUCCCCGCCCCAUAAGGACGUCUCUCCUGCGAAACGUCCCUAGCGACGUGGAGGGAGGAGAGACGGCUGUAUUCGCAGGCUACGUAAGCUUCUUUAGUGUGUUUUCAAAUUGUUCAUGUCGAGAUCAAGUGUAUCCAAUACGGACCUUAAAACAUGGCAACGACUUAAGCGUAGGCAGUGCAAGAGAAAACGUGUGAUAAACCGCGAAAACAGUUUCUUUGUAAGUAUAUUCGUUUUAUUUUUCAUUGUCGCUCUGACUUCGCGCCUCACUCCAUUAUCUGAACGCCUGGAACCAGGCUACAAAGUAAACUGUUUAUUCUCCAUUCCUGACAAAUAUCCUUACGUUUACCUUGUUUGGUGUUUUAGUUAAAACAGAGUAAACUGGAGAGGUCAGAAUUAGAUGCAUCUUUAAGGGAGAAGUCUGCAAAAUAUGAAGAACUUGCAGAAGAAAUGAAACACUCAAGGUAGUUACAAAACUAGUCACGUGAUGGUUUCCACAUGCGACUGUACUACGGUGCUGAUCUAUAGCGUACUAUACAUUGUUUUUUGUUUUGAAAGUCCCGGAACCAUACCCGAAAAACUACGUCAGGAGCACGAGGAUGUGACGGUUGAUUGAUAACAAAACCGUUUCAAAACAAAAUCUCGAACCGUCAAGGCAUUUUUGUUGGACAUUGUUGGGUUAGCAGGGCUGUGCUCUAGCAGAGCCCGGUGGCCUCUGGUGCCUAACUUUUGCCCUUGGGCGACUAGAAAAACUCCGAUUUUUCAUACAAAUCAUAUGCCAGGCGCCCUAGAUUUUACAGUUUCAGAGCACUGGGCUCCCUUCAAUUUUCCUGAGAGCACAGCCUUGGUUAGUUUACUUUGUGCUAGCGCAGUAGUAAGUCCACUCGCAAAAUAGCGCAUUAAGUGUAAAAGUGACGAAUGGAACCCUUUGAUUGGAAAUUUAGUUAAGUAUUAAGUACUAAGUGAAAAGAAAGAAUUGAACUGUUUCGAUCAAUUAAGUCAUCUUCUGAGUAAAAGAACGACUGCUGCACAUCUUUUUUUUAUAUCAUCCACGAUUAAAAAAGCCUUGCUUUGAAAGAAUAUGGACUUGUAAUUUAAUACACUGGGGAUUCAGUUUUAAAUCAUUAGGGCUUCAAUACUGAAUUCUUUGCUUUUAAAACGAUCGAGCUGUGCUAACAGAAUAGAAACUUUACCAUCUAUACCACAUGCAACCUUUUCAUAGCCAGGUACCGGUUAGGGAGAAGGUAGAAAGGGGUCGCGUGCACGUGUUCCCCCGUGCGCUCUAUAAACUAACUGGUAGCCUGCGUAGCAUGGCGGUUUUGGUCGGGUGCGCAAACAAGCCAAGGUAGGGGAAGUGAAACUGCGAGGAGGAGAAAGGGGUCGCGUGCACGUGUUCCCCCUGCGCGCUCUGCAAACUAACUGGUAGCUGGGUAGCAUGGCAGUUUUGGUCGGGCGCGCAAACAAGCCAAGGUGGGGGCAGUGAAACUGCGAGGAGAUUAGGACGAGAGCAACGAGAAACUUUGCCGCUUAUUUGCGGGCGCUUUUGCGACUUCGCCGCUCGGCCCAGUAGUACGCACGACAAAACCGCCACGCUACGCAGGCUAACUGACCGGCGCCUGCCACGCUGGUUAGCUUUUCUAAGUUACCGUUAUUUAUAUUCAGAGGCCUUUUGCAAGAUAAACAAGAAGAACUGGACGCUACUCAGUCACAGGCUCACUGGAUUGUUUUGCAGCAAGAGGCAGUUAUAGCGGAAACCUCAAAGGAGUUGAAUGAGAUCUGGGAGCUCGUUAACGACUGGCUUUGUAACUUAAGCAAGGAAUGUUCACAGGAGGUACAGGGGAAAGUUACAUCACACUAGCUACAAUCAAAUUAGCCUGUUCCAGGCUUAGUCGGGUCCGCGAAAUUGAAAAAGCGCAAACAAAUCACGCGCUCAUAUUUUCGCGUGCCUUUUACUUACACGUCACCCCCAUGAUCUGAGAGCCCGGGACAGGUUACAAAGUCAUCAAAUCCCACUGGGUGAUUUGAUUACUUCUAUACUUCGCUCUCUAAGCUAACCCUGAAAAAAUCGAAUAAUAUGUUCAAUGUUGCCUAUAAUACAUUGCUUGCGCUUCGCGUUUAAUUACUGGAAAAGCAACUAAACACAAAUUACUAUUUUUGGGGCACCUUUCACUUGAUUGUCACAAAACCAGAGCGAAUACAGACAAUCAAAUAAGCCAAUCACAUCUCGAGACUCAAGCAAAUACUUGUACUAGGCGCGGACGCGGAAACACUUGCGAAGCAUGCGAACAAGUGAAGACUGGUUACAAAAAUGUAGGGACGGAUAUCCGCUGUCGCACAAUUUUCACCUACCUACGCUAGUUAAUUUUACGCGCGUAUAUAAGAGGCAAUCAGUGAAGGAGUGGCUGCGCGUAAAAGUGAAAAUUGAGCGAUGAUCAACUUUUACGUUUGCGCGGGACCUCCCAUACAUUGCCUCUAUGGGUAGAUUUCCACCGUCGCGUAAUUUUUACGUGCGUAAGAAAUAGAGGCGAUGUAUAGGACGCCGUGCGUAAACGUAAAAGUUGAGCGAGGUUUAAAAUACGUGCGUACUCACGUAAAAAUUACGCGACAGUGGAAGUCCACCUUAUUUCAUUUACGCGCGUACGCGCGUGAAAAUUACAAGACAUCAGAAAUCCACCCUUACUCAUGAUUGUUUAAGAACAUGGCGUGAGGCUUAGCUGUUCUACAUUAAAUUGGUUCUCAGGUUAAACUAGUAUUCAUCCUAGCCUAGUUUACCGGGGUCAGAGAACCUGAGAAAACCUGAGAACUAACUGCAAUUAGCCUGAACAGUCAGUCAUACACUUGGAGUAACAAAUUAUUAGAAAGCUUGCGGAGCUCCUCGAGGCACGUCCGACGUCUUCGAGCGCUAUAGCGUCAGUUUUCACGAUCUGUACAUUACUAUCUUGAAGCCUGGAGCAAGCUUACCUGUAAUAUAACCAUGACAAAUAGAAAGCUAACGCGGUUAAGUUUUUUCCACACUUAUGUAGCUAAAAAUGACUUUCAGGUUGAUGAGGAUAGUGGUGCCAACGCCGAUGUAUCUGACAAGGAAAGCCCCGGAAGUGACGAGAGCAACCACAUCAUGCCUCUUAAGUCUCUAGUACAGAGCGUUCUAGAAGCGACAGCCGUGAGGGAGAGCAACCUACAGCCCGUGAGUAGCAUGAUUGCAUGAAAAUGUUUAGCUCAUUCUUUGUUAUCUUUCUGUACAAAAAACCUAUAGCAGCCAGAAAGGCAUGAUUACUUUUCUAUGCCAAAUGUAACAUGUUUACGAAUGAUUACGUAAAAAAUUCCCUGAUCUCUCUCUGGCCAUGGUUCGGCACGUCGUCAAGAGUAACACGCAGAAUUAGCAAAGAAAAGGCGUUGACAGUGACGAUGGCGAGCGCAGGCCAAAAAAUCUGCUCGACCGGUGGCAGGGCGCCAAAUUCGGCACCGGAAGUCGCGUUCAGUCCUUUCCAUGCUCUUUCGAGUUGGCGUUUGAGGCUGUGCGUUGUCUUUGCUAAACAGUCUCUCUGACAUUAACCUCACACAAAUGAUUGGUAGCCACGUUAUUCAGAUCAAAACAAUGAGUGAAAAUUAAUAUUCUUGAUUUUUGAUAGCAGGGAACUAACGUUGAUUCAUUUGUUUAUGUCUCAGGCGCGCCGACCUUGCGUGAAAUUAAGCCCCAUUUUUGAAAGAAGCGAAGAUGAAUUCGAAAGCUCACGACCGAUUUCCGAAGGUGAACUCGACAGCUCUCGACUGACUUCGAAAGAUGAAGAAAAACUACCGACUUUGGCCGAUCAGGCCUUAGAAAUUAAGCAAGCCUUACUACAGUUGGCGAAGAUAGCUAGUGACCAGGUCGCCCCUGUCCAGGCGCAGAAUACGAUCAAAAGUCUGCAGGAAGAAAGGUUUGAUGAUUAACUCAUAUUAAUGACGUUCAUUUCGUGUGUUUCUGUCUUAUGAUAAGAACUUCUCCUUCUACUGAUAUACUUUCUAACCUUUUCAAGUUUGCAUUGAAAACAAGCCAUCGGCAUUGCCCUAGAAAGGGUGAAAAAUGAUUUCCUUUUGUUUAUUAAUUACAUGAAUUACUUCAACCGUGACUGUGUUUGUAAACCCCGUACCGGAAAACUUCUAAAGAAAUUUGAUGAACUUGAACGUUUGUCAGGUUUGUUACCCAUCCCAAAUUGAUUGCCAUGGCCCCGGUUGUUCAACGUUGGAUAACGCCAGUUGUUCAAAAGCUGGAUAGCGCUAUCCAUCGGAUAAGUCACUUAUCGAGCGGAUAAGAGUAUUAGGGAAGGCAAUUGCACGAUCCACUGGAUAGAGAUUUAUCCGGUGGAUAGUACUGUCCACCUUUUGAACAACUGGGGCCAGAUAAAUCACUAUCCAGCGGAUACGUAUUGUGGAAACCUAUUGUGUUAACCACUGUAUAGAGAUUCAUCCAGUGGAUAUUGUUAUCCAUCUUUCCAACAACUGGGCCAUGGUCUAGUUUCGCUUUAACAUUUGUUACAAGCCGGGCCUGAGGCAUGUUUCUUGAAAGUCCCGAUAACUUGUCGGGCCCGAAAAGCUGUUUUACGUUUGCCACGUUUGCAUUCAAGAUCAAUGUGUCAUGAAUUUUGAAAAUGAUACAAUGAAAAUAUCAGUUAGCAAAGCAAAAUUCACCAGUUAGUGAACCAGAAACUGUGCUACUAUUCAAAUGGAUUUGAUUUCAAAAUUCGCUUCCGGACCCGAAAAGUUACCGGGCUUUUCGAGUAACUACCCGCUGGGCGCACAACUCCUAAAUUCUAAUCCAUUAUUUUUUUGUUUUGUUUUGUUUUGUUUUGUUUUGUUUUGGUAGAGGUUCAUUAGAAAAGGAACACAAGUCAGCGCUUGAAAAUCUCCAGAAAGAACUUGAAGACUCCAGAAAAUCAGAAACCAGUCUACGCCGAGAGUUGUCGAAGAAAAGCAGUGAAUUAACUUCUCUUCAGAAACAGCUUGAGGAGAGUCGAACCAAUCUGGAGUAUACAUUUAGAAAAGUCGAAUCUCUCAGUGAACAGUACGAGAAAACGAUUGACCAACAGGCUAAAGUAACGGUAAAAACUUUUUUUUGUAUCGACUAAGCCCAAAAAAAGAAUUCUAGCCAUUAUGCUCUCUGUUCCGCAGAGGCUCUCGCUGGGUAUUCUUUAAUUAAAAAAAAAAUAGUUAGCGCGCGCCCGCACGCUUUCAUUUUUCCCUCCCCCCUAGCCUCCCUACGACACAAAAGGGAGUUUUGACAGCGACGGCAACGAGAACGUCAAAACGGCAAUAGGUUUAUUAAGCAAAACAACAACUUUACACGUGCAUCACGCUUUUUUGUACAUUUCUUUGCCGUUUCUGCACGACUACGACGUGAAAAUGCCUAAUUUUAUAUUUUAUGGAGGACGCGUAAACAAGCGACGACGAAACUCUCUUUCUCUUUCUAAACUCGAGUGCCUUUCCCAAGAAAUCAACUCCAGGGGAAUCUGCCUACAUUAGACAUUUUCAGCGAAUUGGAAUAAACGCGACAAAGUUUGAAAAAACGCUAAUUCGUUUUAAGAGUGACGUUUUCGCUACCGUCACCGUCGACGAUGCUAAAACUCCCUAAAUAGGCCUCAGCGGAGGAGAGAGGGCCAUACAUGGACAGAUCGAUAGUUUUACCGAUAAUUACCAUCACUAUUCUCAUGACUGUCAUUAGCGGUACAUUUAAGUUUAGCUUGUGGAGGGAUAUAUCGAAGAUAGGGCGAGUUACUCUAACGUUAACGUUACUCUAACGUUAGGGACACAGUUGGGUUUAUUGUAGAUCCUCGAUGCCAAUGCGUAUAGUUGGCUACACUGUUUAUUUAAAACAUAAUGCAAGACUUAUCUUGAAUGCUUUCUUUGUAUGUCUUUGUUCUUACAAGUCUUUUUUAGCUUGGUUAUUUUAGUACUCUGCAGAUCCUCUAAAAAGAGUCUCUGCACUAUAAAUGGGAAGAAAAGAUUCUUCUCCUUGCCGCAGACAUGCCAAACACUGUAGUUUUAUUCUGCCAAAAGAAUCCGUUAAGCAUGUUUUGUUUUGGCAUCAGGAGCUCACUGAAGAUCUUCGGCGCCUUACUAAAGACAUCAAGGCAGUGGAAGUUGAAAAUGAGAGUUUGUCGCAGCAGUUGAAAGAAAGUCUGGCCAAGCUUGAUGACCUUUCACAAACCCAGCCUGACGUUAACAGCAGACAAAACCUUCUUGGGACGAUGUUGGAGGAAAAAUUCAAUUUGGAGAAGAAGGUAAUGUACAUUCAUUUCUUUGAACGUGCUGUUGAUUUAGUAAAACCGAAAACAAACUACCGUUUAAGGCGGAGCUUCUUUUAGUAAACUCUGGGCAGAAAAACUGUGACGAUUGGAAUUCUGACGCUGUUGGAAUGCUUCCUACAUGGGAUUGCGGAUUUUAUAAUGGAGGCAAUAUUUCUAUAGUUAGCUUUAGUUGAUUUUUAUUCUUAAAUUGGAGUACGGCCCAUCGGAACUCGUCCUACCCGCUUUGUUCUUUGUCCGUAAAGGUCAGCUGGUCUCUUUCCUCGCCCCAAACUCAGUGUUCACUCAUCUUCAUAAUCCCCAAAGUCAGUGCCACUCAACUCUUUAGGGCACUAACAACCGUCAAACAUGAGUCUUUCAUACCCAAAUUACACUUGGUGAAUAGAAUUAGAGCUUAUGUGUGGGUAUGGCGAUAGUUCAGUGUGUAUGAGUUUCCGAAGCAUCUCAUGCCUCUCCGAACUAGUCCUCACUGAGUCCUUUAGCAUCCAAAUUGAGAGUCUUUGGGUGGGAAUUGUAUUCACCCUUUCCAUUAGCAAUACAUAUUUUUAUUACGAUCCCAUAACGGCAUUGAAAGGCUAAAUAAAUAAAAAUUAAUAAAUGAGUAAUGAUUUGGAGGUUGCACAUCCACAAAGUGGUUCUUCGGCUACCUGAUUCCUGGUCGAAUUGGAAUUUGGAAAUGUUGGUUUUUGAGGAGAGGGGAAAACCGGAAUACCCGGAGAAAAACCUUCCGGAGCAAAGGAGAGAACCAACAACAAACUUAACCCACAUAUGGCGUCGACGUCGGGAUUUGAACCCGGGCCACAUUGGUGGGAGGCGAGCGCUCCGCUCUCACCACUGAGCCAUCCCUUGCUCCCCAAAGGUACUUUUAUGAAGGGCGAAAACCAGAAACUAUUUCAUUUUGUGACUACGAUAUGAGGUGAAUUCAGUUGUGAAAAUUUGUUUCCCUGCUUGUAGAUACAAACGCUGAAAGAGAAGUCUGUAAACUAUCGUAUGCAGACUGAAGACUAUAUGUCAGAAUACAAGUACAGAACAAAUACAAAGGUAACACGUCUGACCAUCUCCCGUCCCCUGCCCCCUAUUUAUUUCUUCUUCCGCCAAGUUCUGUUGACAUAUUGGAGAAAAACGAGUCUGAGUGAGAGAGAACUGCAGCACCGACUGUCAUACAUCUGGUAACGUAAAGUUGGCACAAAAUUGUUUAAGUUGAAGUCACAACUCAUGCACAGGCGUAGAACAGUGAACUUUCUCUAAGAAGGACGCCGUGUCGGAGACCAUGAGUUUCGUCACUUACAGAAAUGCCCGUCUUAUAUAAGAGUAAAAGAAAAUGACUGGCGAACAUCGGGGUCCAACUCGUAGGUGUCCGUUAAGGAAGUCUCCGCCUUAUAGAGAGUAAAAGAAAAUAAGUUGAGUAUGGCAAGGACCAACUCUAAGUGUCCGUUUUAGGGAGUUCACCAUCUUUUAAUGCUUUUGAAAGGGCUGGAAACAACUAUCGCCAGGUUGAAACCCUUCCUAAGUAAAGGCAAUCCUCGGUUUUUCUAUUGUUUCUUCGUUUUUUUUUGUUUUUUUUUUUCCGGCAGUAGUACACAACUUCCAUGAUGUAAUGUAAUUUCAGCUGUAACCUAAUAUGCGCAUAUCAUAUUUUCUACAGAUACGAGUCCUUGAAGGCAACAUUGAGAAGGCUGAAGCGGAGAUCUACCGCCUAGAUGGCGUGCUAGAAAAGAUUCGACUCGUAAGUUGUAGUUUGUUAUUCUAUUCUUAUCUUAUCAGAUGUACAAAAAACACGAUGCUGCAGGAGGUUUGCCUAAUUCGUUCUAGUCACCAAAAGACGUCGCUAGACGACGUUUCUUUCUUCUGUCGCCACUAACUCACUUAUCACCAUCUAUUUACAUGUACAAGCAAAUGUUUCAGCUUUUAAAUGAGAGUUAAUAAGAAUAAGAAAUUGGAACUCACUCCCAUGAUCGGAGUAGUGCCCUCAGACACAUUACGUAACUUCAAGCACUCUGCCUUGCCUACCAUUAGACUUUUAAAAGUACCUACAAAUUGUAGUUACCUGCACAGGCUGUAAACCCUUCAGUACCUUGUCUGAUAAGAGCGAGUCAGAAAACAUUGACGGCGUGGGAAAGAGGCUUAAAAUUCUCUCCACCCACCUUUGACGGCGUUUUGCCAGCGUUUUCCUCGGUCUUAGUCCUAUUAUUCCUCCAAUUGACCAGGCAUGAACAUUAUUUUUCCGUUUUCUGACAAAAAAUUAAGUUUAAUGGUUUUGAAAAUGAUGCUGAAAUAUUGACAUGGCUCCUUUAAAACACUAAAAAUAACAAGCAAUACAGUACAAGAAUGAUAUAAGAACGUCGUCAGGGUUCAAAGAAUAACUGAACUUUUCAUGUUCCCUUAGGUCUUGCACAAGUAUCAAGAUAUGGUAACAAGCUGCCCAGAUCUGAACAAGUUACUAUCAUUUCUCGAUGGCCAGGAUAUUCAAUGAUUUCUCCACUUCCAUUUAGCUCUUUUUACUAACUUUUCAUCACAUAGUCUUUCGUCUCAAGGUUUUAGUCAUGCUUUUGUUACUACUUUUUAAAAUAUGUUACUGUUUGUCUGGUGUCCAUGAUGUUGAAGCCGGCCAUCAUCGACUAUACUUAGGUUUCUCUUGGCAGUUGAUCCCCUAAAUAGAGCUUCCUUGGUUCUUACUUCCUGGGACUUUCAACCUGCAAACUCCUUUCACUUCACUCAUGUUUGAUCUCAUCCACCG